AUGUUAGGUCAGAAUGCGGUAACUUGUCAACAGAUCAAUAAUUUUUUAAAUAAAAAAGUUCAUACUCGACGGAAUCAAGUACAACAGUCGAUACAUCAAGUCGUCAAGAUAGUACAGGACGUGCUUAAAGAUGUUGAACUACAGGAGCCUAGGUUCAUACCCACGCUACUGGAGAAUAAUGGACGAUAUGAAGGGGUAAGGGUAAUACCUAGACUUAUUUUAUAAACUAACAGCUAUAGAUUUCCUCUAUAAAGCUAUAGAGAAUAGUUUUUGGUAAACACUGGACUGUAGUAGACAGUGGAUAAUAAAAUUUAACUUUUUGUUGCCCAAAAUCCUCUAUUGAUUUAAUACCAACUCUUUCAGUUAAUAGUCCACUCCCCAGAAGAGUACGAAGUCUUUCUCUACCUCAACCAAAUGGGAGUCUUCAACUUCGUCGACGAUGGUUCGAUUCAAGGCUGUGCAGUUUUAAAACUCAGCGACGGCCGAAAACGAAGCAUGUCAUUAUGGGUGGAGUUCAUCACUGCCUCUGGAUACCUAUCAGCACGUAAAAUACGAAGCAGAUUCCAAGCUUUAGUGAUGCAAUCAUGUGAGAAGCCACAAUUCCGAGACAAAUGCAAGGUUUUGAAUGAUAACAGUGACGUCAAACUCAAGAUUUAUGACAAGUUCGUAGUUACUGUGAGUUUUUGCUUUGUUUUUUGAUUUUUAGAAGAUUUGAAUGGAGAGUGGUACCUUAUAAUGUUAUUGUAGUGCAUAAAGUCAUUAAGAAAAAAUUUUUUUGAAAAAAAAUUCAACGUGGUCCCCCCUGUUAAUUUUUGGAACAACUUAAAGUUUUUUACCUACCCCCCUCCUCUCUCAAAAAUAUAUUUUUUAUCACUUUACAACCUCUUAAAAGUUCUGUAUUUUACCCUUUCAGGUAACUUGUGCCUUCCGUUGCAAUGGAAUCUGGCCCCGAUCCGCUUCACACUGGCCCGCGCCCGGCUCUUCUUGGCCUGCCCCCGAAAUCGUAAAGGAAGUUCACUACGAAGGCUUCGAUCUACUGUCCAAAGACAUGUCCGGUCCAUUCCAAAACCAACUCCCACCUCAGAACGCGGCCAAGAACCAGGCCGCACAAAGUUCGAUGGAAAGCGAUGCUUGGGCGAUCAGCAUGGUGAAUGCUGAAGAUCAUUUGCUUCGGCACGUGAAUCGACGAAUGGUUUAUGCCAUUCUGAAGACGCUACGUGAUCGACACUUGAAUUUCGCUGCUACACCCGUUUCGAAUUACAUUAUCAAGACGUUGGUGUUGUACGAAUGCGAGAAACAUAUCAACGAUGCCGAGUGGCACGAGUUUUGUUUGGGCGACCGGGUUAUUGGUGGGUUUUUCAAGGGUCUUUGAAGGUUUUGGGGGAUUUUUUAAAUUUUUAAGGAGUUCUAAAGGUGUUUAAGAUAACUAUGAUUCUUCCUGAUUGUGCUACGCAAUUUUGGCCCUUCUUUAAUAUUUUUCAAAAAAAAAUUUUUUUGAGAAAUAUUGAACUUGGUCCCCCUGUUGAUUUUUGAAAAAAGUUUAAUAUUUCCCUCUACCCAGGCCAAAAUCGCCCUUGAUUAUGAACUAUUUUAAAGAUUUCUGUUUCAUUCUUUACCAUUUUUCCAAAGUUUUUUGGUGGGCAUGGGUUUUUUAACCCCAAAAAAUAUUUUUUUAAUUUUUCUAAUUUUGGUAACUCAACAGCCCCUGUCCACGCUUAUCCUUUAAAUUUCUUUAAAAUUCACCCCCAUUUCAGGCGUGCUGCUACAACUAGUAAGCUGUUUGCAAUGUCACAAAUGUCCGCAUUAUUUUAUUCCGUCGUUGGACUUGUUCCGCGGCCAUUCCUCCCACUUAUUGGACCAUUCAGCCAAGGCGGUUUGGGCUUUGGUGCGGCAAUUGUUGUUAUCGAGUCGAGCUUUGGAGUGUUUGUAA